UUAGACAGUAAAGGGUUGUGGACAGUUCAGUGCGAUUUCAGUGUAAUGGUCAGUUCAUUGCGAACAGUGAAAAAAAUACUAGAAGAUAAAAAAUCCAGAACCUCUCUAAAUCCAGAAACCGAGCUAGUUUAUAACUUGGGCUAGACCGGGAAGGACUCAAUUUUUUUAUUUUUUUUCAGAUGAAAGAAUUUAUUAAAAAUGAUUUAUUUAUUCAUUUUGAUGAAUUACAAAUAUACAAAAAUAUUUAUUUGGAAAAUUCUUUAAAUAAAAUUUUAUACAAAAUUGAUACACCUUUUAUUAUGGAAUCUCAAACAAAAAAUUGGAUUAAUGAAAAAAUGGGAAAAUUAAAUAGAAAAAGAAAAAGGAAGAAAAAAGAAGAAGAAGAGGAAAAUAAUUCAACAUUUAUUCAAUCCAUUUAUCAAAAAUUUAUGUCAAAUUGCUCUAAAGACUUGUUUAAUUUAAAUAUUUCAAAUAUUGAUAUUGGAAACAAAGAAGCCAAAAAUUUUGUAAAAAAUUCUCCAAAAUGUGAAUUUGAAUGUAUUACCGAGUCAACUUCACACGAAGAAUUUUUAACUGAAAGUUUGGAAGAAAAUGGAAAUACAAGAUACAAAAUCUUCUCAAACAAUCACUCAUCAUCUUCAAAUUCCAAUUUACUAACAAGUAUCCCAAUACCUUCACUUUUAAAGGAAAAUGGCCUUUUAUGUUUGUGGAUAACCAACAGCGAAAAAAUAUUUAAUUUUGCUUUAAAGUUAAUUAAAAAUUGGAAAUUGGUUUUAAUUGCAAAAUGGCAUUGGCUAAAGUUGUGUAAAUCAGGGGAACCAAUUUGUCAAUUUAAUCCUUCACACAAAGUCCCUUUUGAAACAAUUUUGUUUGCCUGCAAACCAGAAUUUGUUGAGGAUUUUAAAUUAAUUAGAGAUGAUUUUUGUAUAAUUAGGUAUGAAUUUAGAAUUAAAAAAUUAAAUAAAAAUUUUUUAAUAAUAAAAUUUGAUGUAUGCAAAUAUUUGCGGACAAAAUUUUUUUGCGGAUUUUUAAAAUUUUUAUUUUUUAUUUGUUUCAAUAGGUUUAGGUUUCUGUCCACAAAUAUCUGCACACAUUCUCCUCGAUAAACCCCCUAAUUAAUCUAAAAAUUCUUUUUUUUUUUUCCAAAAGUAUUCCAAAUGCCUAUCCCUCACGUAAGCCGCCAAUUUCAAUUUUAUUGGAAAAAUUAAAUUUAAUAAAAUCUCCACAAAAUGGACUUGAAUUAUUUGGACGUUAUCUUCUUCCAAAUUUCACAACUAUUGGCUAUGAAGUUGUUAAAUUUCAAAACAAAUAUUUUUUUGAAUAGAAGAAGGUUUUUUUAAUUUUUUUUAACAAUCAAAAACCCCUCGUUUUGUUUUUCGGGUCAUUUUGGCGUGGCAAAAAGGGAGCGGCCCAUAAUCUCCGACAAAAGUCGCGCCAAAAUGACCCCCAACUUCUGAAAAAUCGUGCCUAUAAUGGGGGUACCCCUUGGGGUAUCUCCCCAAUCUUGCGGAGCAGUUCAACCGACAAUGAGUCCUGGCCCCAUAACUCAAGUAGGGAUUGCUACUUUUUAAUGUUCUUGGUAC